GCUUUUAUUUUGAUACACGUUCACUCGGACACCGGAAGUGACUUCUGCAAGGCAGGUUCUGGUGGCUGGCGGGGGGAGUGGCGGUUUAUUCAGAAUGGCGAACUUUGUGGACCAUGAUGAGACGUUAGGCCCUUAUUGGACUAAAGACACUUCUGAUGAGGAGCAGCCCAUGGUUUUUAUUGCAGGCUUGAUGACCUCAGGAACAUUACAAAUGCAGAACAGGGCAAAGAACUGCAAAGCAGAUGACAAAAAGAAAGUUGCUCAUCAUACCCCAAAUACUUUGUCCUGUAUGUCCUUCAAGAAAGCUCAGGUGAAGAAUACUGCUGUUGAGCAGGUUUCCUCAGAAAAGGCAAAAAAUCGGAACCCUUCCUUCAAAGACCUCUGUCAAGAAGACAAGCGACGCAUUGCAGUCCUCAUUCAGGAGCUUGCCAGACUGAGCGAAGAAAAAGAAGAGAGUGUGGAACGUUUCAAAGCGGAACAAGAGUCAUUUGAAAAGAGAAUACAGCAGUUGGAGAAGCAGAACAAACUAAUUGAACAUGAAAGGGAAGCUCUGCGACAGCAGUACAAAGAAUGCCAGGAGUUACUGGCAUCAUAUCAACAGUACUUGACUGAAGAGCAGGAGAAACUGAGCCACUCCAUCUCUCAGGCUCGUCUGGGACGCACACCUCUUACACAACUAAGUCAACCAACAUCUCAGACUCUUCCGGUCAGCAUAACAAUAGAACAUCUGUCUUCUCAGAGUGACAAGUUAUACCAGUCCAUGAACCAAGCAAGACCAAUGGACAGUUUCCAUGGACAACAAGAUAAGUUACUCCCUCUGUCAGGAGUGCUUCAAGAGCAGCCAUUUCAUGCUAGCCAUCAAGAUUGCACAACUGUGAAGCAACCAAAAGACUCCAAGCUUCAGUGCUACGAGGUCAAUGAGACACCCAAGGCUUCUCUUACAAGUAAAAUAUCUUCUCAGCUGCCUAAUGCAACCUUAGAUGGUUCAUACAUAGACCAUGUUUCAUCUAAGACAGUAGCGGCGUUUGGAACGAAGCAACAAAGUACUCCUGGAAUGCAGAAAAUCAGCAUGUCAGGGUUGCAUAGUCAGUCUUCAGUACUUUGCACUGGAACUGAACAAGAAAACAAUGAUGUCAUCAGCUUGAUGCAUCAUGAUAAGAUUCCUGUAGUACAAAUGGAGACACUACAUGAAUGCAUAAAUAAGCAUGAGGAGGCCUGUCAAAUUGGUGGAAGUUUCAGAGUACCAGAUCCUCUAAUGGAGGUUCAUCCUUCUUCCCAUGAAGCUUGUGAUUUUAGCAGUGAAGUUGUGGAAACUAGAUGUGGUCAAUUCCAGAAGACUAAAAUGGGGGAGAGAAGGCAAAAACUACUUCAGCAAAAACAGCAGCUGGAAAAGCAGAAAGAGCAACUUCAGGUGAUGCUUGCUCAACAAGAAGAAAGGCUUCUUCAGCAUCAGCAGAAUCUGUGGCAAAAUCAUCUGGAUUUUAAGAGAUGUUGUGACUCUGCCAUUGACCUUGAAGAAAUAAUUGCUAAAGUUCCAUUUGCUGAGAAAGAAAAAAUGCAUCAAAAGACCUUAGGAUCAAUUUCUAGCAGAAGGAUGUUUGUAUCACCAAUAAAGAGCCCUCCUGGUCCCAUGUCUCAGGAUAGGCAGAAGAUACAGAGUCCAACACACAAGUAUUACAGAAGAGGAGGAUUGCAGUGUGGAACAGAGUUUCUUUCAAGUGAAAAUGUCUUGCCCAAGGCAAAAGGCUCUUGCUCUGUUUUCAGAAAAAAAUUUGCUACUCCUCCAGUUCCACUGAUUGCUCCUACAGUAACCUACCCUCAGCAACCAAACAAUGGUUGUGACACAUCACUUAUUGAGUUAUUAAACUCAUUGAGUCCUAUUUCCAAAUCUGUCCAAAGAAGGACUGUAGCUGCACAACAACCCAUGGAAGGCUCUGGGCGUACCUGCUCAGCUCCAAGAUUCCUUCAUGAAGAGGAAGAUGAGACAGAUUUUCAGGAGAGCCAAAUCUUGGAAGAUAUCUUCUUUAUUUGCUGAUGGGUAGCUUGUGAUUUCCCCAACAGUA